AUAAAGUCAUAAUAUUACGAGAAAAAGUAGUAAAUUCAUGAGAACUCUGAACUUUAGUAUCGGUUUCACAAUUAAGAAAAUACUUAUUCUUUUGGCUCAUCAGCAUCAAAUUAUCAUCAGUAUCGGGACUUUUAAACGAUUGUGUCUGUUUCGAAGACAGAAGUGGUCACGUCAGAUCUUGAUAACUCCAGGAAGCGUUUUUCUCAUUAAAACGACCUUUUUAUUAUAACAUUAUUCUCGUAUUAUUCCGACUUUAUUCUCUUAAUAUUAAGACUUUAUUCUUGUAAUAUUACGACUUUAUUCUCGUAAUUUCUUUGAAUGUUUCCCUCUUAGUAUGGCCCUACAGUUAAUGACGCCAGAAUACAAAGUCUUAUUCUCCCGACGUCUCAUCUCAGUUAUUUAUUUGUACAUGGUCUCUUCAGAGGCAGCGUUGUCCUGCUGAGUUCGGGUUCAGGUCGGAUCCAUUGUUUCCACGUCCCGGGCCAUCUCCGGUGAGGUCAUCGUUAAAAAGGUGGGCGUCAGUGGGCGGGGCCAGCGCAGCUCCGGACCCGAGCCUGCUGUUAACAUGAGAGGGAGUGAAAGUUUCCAGAGAGCGAAGAAGAAGAAGAGGAAGAAGAAGAAGCAGCAGCUGACUUACAGACUCUGGUCCCUUCACACUGAGCCACAUUCCCACCAAAAUGCCGGCCACCCAGCGUCUGCCCCGCUGCACCGUCCUCCUGUUGGUGCUGUUAGAACUGGCCCUCGCCCAGUACGAACACCUCGGCUACCCGCCGGGCUACCCCGACCCUGAGGUACCGGAGCAGUACACCGCCCCGCAGCUGGCGCCGGACACGCCGAGGAUUCAGCUCCGACUGGCGGGAGACAAGAGGAAACACAACGAGGGCCGCGUGGAGGUUUUCUACAACGGUGAAUGGGGCACCGUCUGCGAUGACGACUUCAACCUCCACGCUGCUCAGGUGGUGUGCAGGGAGCUGGGCUACCUGGAGGCCAUCUCCUGGUCACCAUCAGCGAAAUAUGGGAAAGGAGACGGACCCAUCUGGUUUGACAAUCUCCACUGCAGUGGCAAAGAGCGGACCUUGGCUCUGUGUCCUUCCAACGGGAUCGGUGUGUCAGACUGCAAACACACGGAAGACGUCGGCGUUGUGUGCAGCGACAAGAGGAUCCCCGGAUUCAAAUUCGUCAACACCCUGCCCAACCACGUCGAGAACCUUGAUAUUCAAGUCGAGGACGUCCGCAUUCGAGCCAUCCUGUCAUCGUACCGGAAGCGGAUCCCUGUGACGGAGGGCUACGUCGAGGUCAAGGAUGGCGGCAAAUGGAAGCAGAUCUGUAACAGCGAGUGGAACCAGCUGAACAGCCGAGUCAUCUGUGGCAUGUUCGGCUUCCCCGGGGAGAGGAAGUACAACGCCAGAGUCUACAAGAUGUUUGCUCGCAGGAGAAAGCCCACAUACUGGGACUACUCCGUCAACUGCACAGGCAACGAAGCCCAUUUGUCCAGCUGUAAACUGGGCCAGGCCACAGCGGUGAAGUCCAACGAGACUUGCUCUGGAGGGUUGCCCGUGGUCGUGAGCUGCGUGCCCGGCAGAGCCUUCGCCCCGACGUCCAUGACGGGAUUCAGGAAAGCCUUCCGACAAGAGCAACCGUUGGUCCGUCUCCGCGGUGGGGCCAUCGUAGGCGAGGGCAGAGUGGAGGUGUUGAAAAACGGAGAGUGGGGCACCAUAUGUGACGACCACUGGAGCCUGCUGUCUGCCACCGUGGUGUGUCGAGAGCUGGGCUUCGGCACGGCCAAGGAGGCCCUGUCUGGAGGCCGCCUGGGACAAGGUAUGGGCCCGGUGCACAUGAACGAGGUGCAGUGCUCCGGGUUUGAGAAGUCCAUCACAGAGUGCUUCUUCAACAAGGAGGCUCUCGGUUGCAGCCAUGAGGAAGAUGCAGCCGUGAGGUGUAACGUUCCCGCCAUGGGCUUCCAGGAGUCGCUGCGUCUGAGCGGAGGUCGUAACCCCUACGAGGGCCGCGUGGAGGUGCUGAUGGAGAGGAACGGUUCUCUGGUGUGGGGGACCGUGUGCAGCGAUGGCUGGGGAACCAUGGAGGCCAUGGUGGUCUGUAGACAGCUGGGACUCGGCUUCGCUAGCAACGCCUUCCAGGAGACGUGGUAUUGGCCGGGCGAGGUGAGCGCAGACGCUGUGGUGAUGAGCGGCGUCCGCUGUUCUGGUACCGAGAUGUCUCUGUCCCACUGCCUGCACCACGGGGACCACCUCACCUGCCCCAAAGGAGGCGGACGCAACGCCGCCGGGGUCUCCUGCUCUGAGACGGCUCCCGACCUGGUGCUGAACCCUCAGGUGGUGGAACAGACCACCUACAUGGAGGACCGGCCCAUGUUCAUGCUGCAGUGUGCGUACGAGGAGAACUGCCUGUCCUCCACCUCCAACCAGGCGCCUGCCAACUCCUACCGCCGCCUGCUGCGCUUCUCCUCCCAGAUCCACAACAACGGGCAGUCGGACUUCCGGCCCAAAGCUGGCAGACACUCCUGGGUGUGGCACGACUGUCACAGACAUUAUCACAGCAUGGAGGUGUUCACCAUCUACGACCUGUUCAGCCUGAAUGGAACCAAAGUGGCAGAAGGACACAAAGCCAGUUUCUGCCUGGAGGACUCAGAGUGUGACGAGGGUAUUGAGAAGAGGUAUGAAUGUGCAAACUUCGGGGAGCAGGGCAUCACUGUGGGCUGCUGGGAUACCUACAGACACGACAUCGACUGCCAGUGGAUCGACAUCACUGAGCUCAAACCUGGAGAUUACAUUUUUCAGAUAAUAAUUAAUCCAAACUAUGAGGUACCUGAGUCCGACUACUCCAAUAACAUCAUGAAAUGCAGAUGUCGAUACGACGGCCAUCGUGUGUGGAUGUACAGCUGCCACAACGGUGGCUCGUUAAGCACUGAGACAGAGCAGACGUUCCCCGGCCUCCUCAACAACCAGGUGACCCACAGGUAAAGACAGAGCCGAGGAGAGGAGUCAACUGGCCGUCACCCCUCCAGCAGGGAGGCCGUCUGAAGCCCCCCCAACCCGCUUCACACCUCCAUGUCGUGGCGGACUCCUCCAGCCCAGCCCAGCCCUGCCCUGGUCCAAACCAUCUUUUCAUGUUCUCCCUCGGCCAUGAGGCAGCAGCGUCCUCUGACCCUCCGCCCUCCUUUUCCCCCCUGUCAACAGAAAAGAAUAUUUGAUUCCCCCUCAGGUCCAAACAGACGCAGCUACAGCCUCAACAGCACCUCCAACGGUUCAGAUCCAGAGGACGGUGACGCUCUCUGCGUGCCCUGCGACUUCUCUUCUGUCUUCUUUCUCCUGGAAUGAGUGAUGAAAUAAACUCGCCGGGAAGAGGCAGCGUUUGGAGAAUGUCAUCAAGAAUGGGUUCUCUUUGAAACGCAGCACUUCAACAGAACUCCGCUGCAGCACCGUUUGUUGAAAAGCUCACCCUGCUGGAGAGUUUGGGACGUCAGUGUCGGGUCGCCCGAGGGGCUGAGAGGAAUCAUCAGUGACACCAGCAGCAGCGAGAGUUUCGUCAAGUGUCUUCUACACACUCAAGUCCACAUAUACUGAGGUUAUGUCAUGUUAGCGGGGCAAACUGAGUUUCUUCUGCAUGUCUGAAGGGACAACCGUCACAUCUUCAUUGAGGAGUUCAAGCUGCGGCACAAGAAAGGCCUUGAAACACACAGAGCGCUUCAAUCACCUGCGACAAGCGCUCAGCGCCUGAUUCUCUCUAAGGCCCGGUUUAAACCCAGUAUUACAGAUGCAUCCUGGGUGAUCCGAUCACAAGCAGACAGCCCUAAGCACAGUCAACUACCGAGAUGACAGACCGCAUUCUAUUAGCGGUGGGUACGCUCAUGUCUUCGUUAACCGAAGCCACCGUGAAACGAGACGAAGAAGAAAAAGCCACAGCGACGAGCAGAGCGGAUUACACGCUGUCUGAUUUCCUUUUGCUUCACUGUAAUGAAAAUUACAUGUGUGGGCUCCUUCGUGUUAGCAGCAGAUGCUUGUCUCUACUGUUCACCGCUGGAUGAGUAACAAUACCAGACUCCCUCUGAAAAAUCACACAAAUCUGAGAGUCGCCGAGUAACGAGAAAAGAAUAAACAUUUGGAAAAUGGCGACAGCAGAUUCUCAAUCAUUCCCGUCUUUUUGUAACUAAAGUUGUUAAGUUCGCUGUACCGGCCUACGUGUCUAAAAUGUGUUGGGCAAACUUUUACUUACUCGGUUUUUGACACUCACACUAUUUUUAUUGAAUUUAUAAAAGAAGACAACAUUUUAUUCAUUCUAAACAUGUAGAUUUAACUUAAAAUAGUCUCCUUCUCCAGACAUAAUUUUGUGAGUUGUUGCGUUUGGAGAAACUUUACAAACGUGACAUUUUCCUCUGACACAUUCUUGUUGUUCUACAAUAAGUUUGUUCUUUCGUUGUGUGAAAAAAAUCACGUCAUCAUCUCAGUGAUGUUUUAUUUGUAACGUGUGGAAGGGAAAUCCAGUCACAAGCUGACACACUCAGAGCUGUCGGAUCAUCCAGGACGCAUGUUAGCGGCCGUUGCUCAAGACUAAUCCGCCAAGUGCCUCAAAGUUAUCUAAAGCUUUUUGGUUUUUUUUAAUGACUGGAACAUAUAUUCGUUGAAAUAUACGUGUAGUACAACUGAACACUAGUUGUACUACAAUCCUUUUGUGGGCAUUUGUGUUGCAAAGUGUGUUGGAGUUAAUCUCAGUCAGUCCAGUAGAAACGUACUGAUCAUCUUGUUAGUCUCGUCUUUGUUGAGUUAGCUUCUUCAGACUGACUGAGAUCGACUUCAGCUCACAGACGUUGUCUCGUUGUUCUGAUAUAUUCAUGAUGUAGCAGUAUCUUUUUUACAUGACAUUUCUCCUCCUCUUAGUUCAGUAAGUCAUUCUUCAAACGUCAUCCUGUUAAUUAACCCAGUGCCGGAUCAUUUCUCCAGUAGCGAUGCUCCAGACGUUCGACAGCUUCCUCUGCAGAAAGAAUCAACGCUGGAGACGUUUUCUGGCUUCAAGACGACGCCUCUGUCUUUACUUUUAGUUUUUUUGUUUCUGAAUGCUAACGAGCGGCCCUUCUCUCUCUGUCACAGUUGCAGAUAUAUUGAUUUUUCUACUCAACACAUGAAUAACUGAGUGUUAUUGAAGUUUACUGUUACAGUUUUAUUCCUCAUUUAAAAACAAAAUACAUUAUGUACAAUAACUUGUGUGAAUCUUAUUUUAUAAUGGUGCUAUCAAGCUGGUCCUCUGUUUUCUGAGGGUACAGUACAUGUUGAACAGCUACAUUAUGUAUACUAACAGUAUACUUGAACUGAGCGUAAAGAAACAAUGUGCUUUGUGUUAAGCUAUAAUAAAGGUCUGAGUUACGGAGCA